GCAUGAUCAUUUUGCAGAGAACAGCAAUCUGGGAAAAUUCAGCAAAAUUACAGGAUAAUACAAGAAAACACUAUCAACGUCUAGUAAUAGCUGGAACAGGUUUAAUACAUGGAUUGAUGGGACCUAUGUCCAAACACACCAUCCAAAUAUGGGACCUUUUAUGAUCUUGUACCAUUAAGCAGGUUCACUUAAAUGUGAUAUGCGUGAUAAUACCUUUUAUGAUCUGUAGCACAUUCGUGAAACAUUUCUACAGAGCUUGGCAAGCUUCCAUUCUAUUUUGAGUGAGCUGGGUUUGAGUGUGGAAUGGGAGGAGUGGCAACUAACCGGAAAAAUGUCGAAAUUAGGAGUUAGGAUUGACAAACAGAAUGGAGGGGAGCUGCACUAUAUGAUCUAACAUUUAAAAAGUUUCACAUGGUAUAUUUUCCUAAAACUGAUUUUGUUAAUACAGAAUAUAUUUUUUGGAAAAAAAAGGAAUACAUAAAAUGCAUCCUAUUCACCUGCAGGACAGAAAGGGCAAAGCAUGUCAUGUAAAGAUCACCCAGCUUCAUUCUGAACACGGCUGUUCGAACUGUCUCACGUGAUUUUCUUGCUGGCGAGCAUUUGGCGGCAUUUCCUGCACGGCAGAACGGGGCUUAUAAUGACUUCGCGAGUUCAAAUGUUAUCGAAAGAGCAAGUCUGUGACAGGAAAGACAAUGCAAUUAAAGUUUCAGCGAAACAUCAUGUCAAUGGAAAUAGGACAGUUGAGCCAUUCCCCGAAGGACUACAGAUGGUCAUGUUUGGUAUGGGCUGUUUCUGGGGUGCUGAGAGAAAAUUCUGGGUUCAAGAAGGUGUUUAUUCCACUCAGGUUGGAUUUGCUGGUGGAUUUAAACCAAAUCCAAAUUAUAAGGAGGUCUGUUCAGGGAUGACUGGUCACGCAGAAGUAGUGAGAGUUGUGUACCAUCCAGACAAAAUCUGCUUUGAAAAACUUCUCAAGGUCUUCUGGGAGAGCCAUGACCCAACACAAGGUAUGCAGCAAGGAAAUGAUAUUGGCACACAGUAUCGUUCAGUCAUUUAUCCAUACACACAGGAGCAGAUGGCUGCAGCUCUGAAAUCCAAAGAGGCCUAUCAGAAGGAAUUGAACAAAAGUGGGUAUGGUCAAAUCACAACUGAGAUCAGUGAGGCUCAAGUGUUCUACUUUGCCGAAGAUUACCACCAGCAGUACUUGGAUAAGAACCCAGGCGGUUAUUGUGGAUUAGGUGGUACUGGGGUAUCUUGCCCAAUUGGUAUUCAGAAUUAAGACAGGAUACUGAGUUAGUGGCUAACAUAGCACUAAUUUGCCUUCAUUGACCUGUUUCACAGACAAUAGGGUAAAAUUUUCAUUUAAUGGGACAAAAUACUGGUAGGAGUGCAUUGAUCACCUGUUGCUCACUUGCUUGAAACCUAGCCUAAUAUUUUAUAUUUGCAUUUAAAUUUGUGUCAAGAAAUCCGAAUAAGCACAAAGUUGAAUCAAAAGAAAUAAUAAUUUUCCAGUGCUUGCUCUUUUAACAUGCCUUAGGUGAGAAUGUUAGAAAUUCUAAUUAUGGAGGGUGAACUUCAAAAUAUUUUUUCAUCUAUAAUCAUAUAUCAUAUUUACUGGUUAUCUUUAUUUUCAUAUUCACUAACUUUGGUAAAAAAAUUGUUAUCCCACCAAAAUGGAGAAUAUAGUGUAUUUUCAGUAUUAGUGAAAAUAAUUGAUUUAGUAUAUACAAUAUUUUUGGGACAGCCAUAACCAUGAAAAUAAAAAGCCUGCAUUUCCAAAUUUGUUACAAAGAGCUGGUAGAUAAAGAACCAGGAUAAAAAUCUCACUUUUUCCAUCAGAGUCAUGAUACGUAUCAGAGAUAAAAUUGACUUGUAAAAAAUCGCAGAAAAUUAAAUAGAAAUUGUUCACUCUAAGUGGAAUAAUUUGAAAAUUAUGAAAAUUUGAAAACUCCUAGAUAAUAAAAAUAAUUUGAAUGCCUGUCAAACUGGAAAAUGAUAAAGUUUUGGCCUAUUUUUCAUGGGGCAGAAAUGAUACCAGGAAAGAGGCCACAGAUUUAUAAAACAGUUUUGCUGGUGAUGCCUGCUUACUAGUGCUACCCACAAAGCAAGAAGUACCAUAUAUACUUGUGUAAAAGUCAAUCUUAUGUCAACGUUGAUCCCUUAUUUUUGGCAAAAAGGUCUUGUAUUUUCCAUAUAUUUCGUGUAAAUGUUGACCCUACUAUAUCGCAUUGUAAACCUCUUACAUAGAAACUGCACAUUCCCGUUAUCCCACUUAAACGAAACCACAUUCAUUCAUUUAUACUGGUAACUCUACUUAUUGUUCUUUGUUUACUAUAUUGUGUCUCCAUUCAUUCAUUCAUACAAAACUCUACUUACCGUACUUGGUUUAUUACAGCACGUUUUGAUUCAUUCAUUCAUUCAGACCAGGUCUAAGUACAUCGGUACUUAUCACACUGUGUUCACUUUACAUCCAAAAAGUAAUAUCAUUAAAAAAUUAAUUAUUUUAAUUGUGCCAUUAUAUCUGAAUAAAAGUGAGAUAUAUUAGUACAUAUAUCUUUAAUUCUUUGACAAAUGUGUUAAUGUUGCUGAGGUUCAUUACAUUCGAGAGUAAAUGGGAGGGAAACGGAAGAAUUUGGCGGGAACGUUCAAGAUGCUUGCACAUUCAGAAUUUAAUAAAUGUUUCAUUUUAAGUGUGCCAAUAUACUAGGCCAGAUUUGCACAGUGUGAUUUUGCAGGAUUUCAAUGAAUCUUUGACAUGUUAAAUUUUCGUACCGAUGUGUAUAAAUAAAAUUUACUCCCAGUAAUUAGAUUAGAUUA